AUGAGAAAAUACAAAAAAGUUAUUGGAUCUAAAAAGAAAAGGUAUGGGGACUAUACACAAGAUGCUAUUAAGAAUGCAAUUGUUCCAAUUCAUGAAGGUAAUAUGUCAAUUCGUGAAACUUCAUUGUCAUUUAACAUUCCUAAGUCAACAUUACAUCGUAAACUUAAAGGAAUUCAAAUGAGACCUAUUGGCCACCCACCAAACUUGUCCCCUGAGGAAGAAAGAUCUUUUGUAAAACAUCUUAUUGUGGUAGCAGAGUGGGGGUUUCCUUUUUCAAAUCUAGACUUAUGCUUGAUGGUGAAAGCCUAUUUGGAUAAAGCUAACCGCCGAGUAAACUGA